AACUCGGACGAACGAAGACGAAUGUGUUUCAACUGUUUUGGACCGUUCUGAAACUUUUAAUUGAAUUAUAUUGAACACGAAAAGCGUACAAAUCGUCCGCAUUGUUUUUCAGAAAAAUCCAACUCGCAGUCAUCAUUGACGACAACGACAGGCAUUUUUCAAACUAAAUAAUUCGAGUUCUUGUACUUAGUGUGCUUUAGCAAAUAAUUGUGAAUAGAAAACUGUAAAACUCAAAACACAAAGUGUCCCAAAAGUAGUAAUCGAAAACUGUGCAAAAUGUCGGAAGUUGAAAGUGCCGUUACACCCGCCGCCACAAGCGUCGAGGCGGAGCAGGAGCCUGCUGAAAAGACCGUCACUCAAACGGUGGACGAGGAUGAGGACAUGAAGGAGGAGAUCACCGCCGAAACGGAGAAAAUGGUCACCGAAACGGUGGACGAGGACGGCGAUGUGGUCGAGGAGACCACCGAAAUUAAGCGGAAAACCAUUAAGCGCACCAUGAAAAUUACUGAGACUUCAUCGACAACCAAGACUACCACUCUCACUACGCCUGCCAAAUUGUACGGCAAGGACUUGAGCGAAUAUGAUGAGGUUGAUGUUGAUGCUCUGCUGGCACAGUUGUCACCGGAAGAAAUCAAUAUUUUGGCCAAAGAAGUCGAUCCCGAUGACAAUUUCUUGCCACCUGAUCAACGUUGCAGUUAUGAAUGCGAAAAAGACCCCACUGGUCCAUUGAAUCGCAAAAAGCUUAUCGAGCAUAUCAAUAAGCAGGCCUUAGAAACACCCGACGAGCCCGAAUUUGAGCCGUAUGUUAAGGGUACAGUACGUGGCAAAAAAUGGGUACCACCACCAAGAGACGAUCGCGAAGUUGCCGCUGAGGAACAGAUCGCCAUCGAUUUGGGUGAAGAGUAUGAGCAUGCGCUGAGCGAUGCUACACAAGAAGAGAUCAUCGAUUUGGCUGCUAUUCUCGGCUUCCACUCGAUGAUGAAUCAGGACCAAUACCAUGCUUCCUUGUUGAACAAAGGCCAACCAGUUGGCAUGGGCUGGGAUGGUAUUACAAAAUCAACUCAACCAAAAUUGUUCCCCAUGGACCCACCAAACAACACAGAUGUCGAAGAAUCAAUUAAACGCGUCAAAGAUAACGAUUCAAAAUUGAUUGAACUGAACUUAAAUAACAUUAAGAACAUUUCCGAUGAGAAAUUCGAACAACUUUUCCAAGUACUGCCUGAAAAUGAAAAUUUGGAAGUUCUUUCCUUAACAAAUGUCGGUCUUACCGACAAGACAGCUCUCUUAUUGGCUGAAGCAAUUGAGAAAAGCAAAACCCUGAGAGUAUUAAAUGUUGAGACAAAUUUCAUUAGUCCGCCCGUUAUAGUGACCUUAGUGAAAGCCCUGCUCAAGUGCCGCACAAUUGAAGAGUUUAGGGCCUCCAAUCAGCGAUCCUCAGUGCUCGGCAAUAAGAUCGAAAUGGAGAUAACCGAAUUAGUGGAAAAGAAUCCAUCAUUGCUCAGAUUAGGUCUGCAUUUGGAGUUCAAUGACGCACGUCACAGAGUUGCCGCACAUUUGCAACGUAACAUCGACAGAAUAAGAAAAGAUCUUGAGUUACGUCUGCAGUUCAGAUUUUUCAAUAAUCUGCAUAGAAAGUCAACAAGAAUUCAAUAAAAAUAAAAAUAAAAACACUGAAUGAUCUUAAUCAAGAUAUAUUUACAUAUAUGUAUAAUGAUUCGAAGUAAAAGAAAAUAAAAACACAAAAAAAUAAAACUAUUUACUAAAUAUAUAACGCACUCGUAAGUUAAGACAAAAAUAUAAGUACAGCGUAUAUGAUGCAAAAGCAAAUGUGAGCGAAAAGAAGACGCGAAAACGCCGCAAGGAUAACCAGCCUAUAUAUAACUAUAUAUCUAUAUAUAUAUAAACUAGAAAGUGUAAGAGACAAGCUAAUACAUCGUGAAAAGGAUGCUGCCGCUAUCAGUAGCUAAUCAAAUACCAUUGAGCGGCAAGCGAGUUACAUAUCUACUGCACAUAAACGCUUAAUUUAGACUUUAGCGCACUUUUGCACACAAGAAACCAAAAGGCGCGAAUUUAACAAAGGAUAUCAAGGCGAAUACUCAAUACUCAACAAGUCGCACAUAAAUUAAAAAUUAAACUAACCUCGUUGAAAAUCAAAAAAACGAAGAACAAAUCUCAAAAUGUAUGAAAAAAGAAAAAAAAAACUACAGUGCACAGUGUCUGCAAAAGCACGUGAAACACACGAAGCACACACACACAUACUAAAUAUAGACAAAAAUCAUAAAUGCAACCAAAGAUGAAAGGAAUACAUUUUAACAAAACAAAAAAAGAAAAUACUUAGGUUUACGUUAAAUCAUACUCAUACAUAAAAUCAUAAUUAAUAAUUCAUACACAACGCACAUCAAAAAUAAAGAAAAUAUAAGCGAGUUGUAUGAAGCAAGCAAGCAAGAAGCCGUUGGACUUUAAAGAAGACGAAAGCUGAUACUGUUAAUGAUUUAUAAAAGAAAACAAAAACAAAAAACGAUGUUACGAGAAAUACAAAAUGAUUUCUAGGCGUAAAUAUUUAUAAAAUAAACAAGGAAUUAAACUGCGAUUUAAAUUAUUAAGUGAAAUAUUAACUCUCCCCAAACUAUAAACAACAAACUCAAAACGUACUCUGUUGAAGCCUAAAGGAUUAAAAGCAGACCUCAAACAUAUAACACGAAUACCACACAAAGAAAAAAAAAAAACAACAACAAAAAACCCGAAACAACCAUAAAAUGUGUCAAAUACAUACAACCUUAUAAUUUUACUUACAAAAUAGUAAAAUCAGGUAUUUACUCGUAAAUCAAAAUAAUAAUGAUAACUGUAAAAAAAAACCUAAAAAAUGCCGAAGAAAAGUAAUGCAGCAGAUCAAGCCUCUAUAGCUAUGUACUAUGUGUGUAUGUCCACUAUAUGCACACCUGUCUGUGAACGUUUGGCGUGGAUGUCGAGCGCAAAAAUACGUGUAAACCGCCUGAACCAGCGUAAAUAAACCAAUGUGUGUGAACCAAUCAAGCAACCAACCAACCAACUAGCCACUUUGUUGUUCACCUUAAUUUGCAAAAGCCAACCGUAAACAAACAGAACAAACCUCUCUACAACAAACAUAAUUCUAUAUAUACUACUUACAUAUAUACUAUGUGUAUUGUUAAGCAAAAAAAAAAGGAAAACAAUUGCAAUUUUAAAAUUAGAACACUUUUUGUAUUACAUUGAAUGAAUGUUUGUAAAUCAUGUUAAAACAAAAACAAAAAAAAACAACAACUCAACCGUAAACCACCAAAAUAUUUGCUCGACUAAUCACAUGCUACCAACCAACUAUGUGCUACCGUUACUACUUACAACUACAAUUCAACUGCCUCCAACACCACCACCACCUCAGCGGCCACAGUGUGAAUUUCCAGUAAAAUAAAGGGUGUAAUCAAGCUAGAAAAGUCCCGUUCCAUUGAAUGAAAUUGUGCGAAAAAGUGGCCGCCUACGACGUUUGGGUCACUUCAGCCGCAACUACACUGUCGGCGCUUGGCAGUAGCUGGCAUGCAACAGAUCAAAGAGGAGCCGGAGUGCAGCAGUGGCGAUUAUUUAUACAAACAUACAUACGUUAUCUUAGGAUUAACAUGAAUUAUAAUUCUACAAGUUACACAUGUGCCGCAUUUAGAAUUCAAACACAAGUGCAUCAAAGUUCAAGUAAACAAAAAGCUGGCAACACUGUAUGGCUACAUGGCUACUAAAAAUUGGCGCUGAGCUGUGAAUGUUGCAAAUUAAGCAAUGAAAGUGUUCAAAAAAUGCAAGCACAGACCGACUUUCAUUCAAAUAUAUAAAUGUUUGUUUGUUUACUUAAGCUAAGCUUACACUACACACCUGUUCGCCACACAUACUUGCAUAUUUAUGCAAUUUUAUACUUAAAUUUUACCGUAUUACGUUUAACAGCAGCGUAUAAAAUAUAUGCAGAAUUAGUUUUAUUUAUGUUAUUUAGUUUAUUGUUGAGGUUAUUUCAUUUGUAACACACGGUGUUUAACGGUGUCUUUAUUGUAAUUGUAAUUAUGUUUAUGGAUUGCGUUUUUUUGGUUCUGUUGAACACUAAAUAUUUGUAGAAAAAUCAUGUAAUAACCGUAGAGAAUCCUUGAAACACACACACACACGUAUAACUGUAUAUUUAACAGAUGCUGCCAGUUAAUGUACUAAAUGCAUGGUUAGUUUAUAACAAAUACAUACAUAAAUAUUGUGUAGUAAUGAACAAAUGUGGUGUAUUCGUUUUUAUGACACGCAGUGAGGGAAGAAUAUAUAGACAUUUAGCGCAAUCUAAUAACUCUCAGCACAUACUUAGAUGCAGCCAAUAAGCUCUUGUGUCUUAUCAAUGCAAUUUCGAGUGUGCGCCAUUAAAUUAUGGACAUCUAUUUGUAUGGUGAUGUCAUUAGUUAAUAAAUCAUGAAUUUUGAAAUAUUGAAAGUUAGCUGGAACAAACAACAACAACUUCAAGAGCAGCACAUUUCGCCGAACUUACUUUGAUGAUACCCGAUAAAGCUAGCGAUAGAUGAGUGAUAGCCGACGCUGAUGAGUAGCAUUCAACUAGCAAUACUAGCGGUACUUCGGUAUUCGACUUAAAGUGCUAAGUAAAGAGCUAGCUUUCCUGCGCAAUCGAAGGGCAGAGUUUAUUUGCGUAUAUGUCAUUGUAGUUGAGCAUUUCAAAGCACAUCAAGCUAUUUGUUUUUGCACAAUCUGAAUUGUAGAGACAUUUCUUGUACGUUCAAGGCACCUCUUUAUAAAAAGAAAAAGUGUUGAAUGAAAAAAAAGACAUUUGUUCAAUAUUAGUAGCUUUUAUAGACGCGUCUAAAAAUUAAAGAAAUACAAAAACAAAAAAUAAAAUACAGUAAAAUUUGCUACGGUUGGCAAUUGGUGUGUAAAUGGCUUAACAGCAAAUUCAUUUAAUUCUCUUUCGCUUUGCUUAAGAAUAUUGAAUGUCGUGUUAAAUAGAAAACAGAAGAAAUUCAUAAAGUGUUCUGUGUGCUACACGUUUUUUACUGCACUGCGUAGACUUAUCACACACACAAAACUGUAACCAAACACCCACACACGCAUGGCAUGCACAUAGUACAUACAUACAAACAUAUAUACAAAAUACAUAAAUGCAUAAAUAAAACAAAAGUUAAAAGUGCAAAGGCUUGCAAUUAAACCGUUCAUUCAUAACAACACUUACCAGUUGAAAUGCAUACACACACAUAAAUAAAUAUAUAGUGCAUACUCACACAUACAUAUAUAUAUUUUGCUUCACGCAGAAAGGUAGCUUUUGUAUGGCAGGCGUUUAGAAAUUAAUACUGAAAGAAAUUGAUUAUGCUAUUUUAUAAUUAUAAUUAA